CAGUGCCACCUAUCAGUGCCAUCAGUGCCUCCUCAUCAGUGCCCAUCAGUGCCACCUAUCACUGUCCAUCAGUGCAGCCUAUCAGUGCCCAUUACUGCAGCCUCAUUAGCGCACAUCAGUGAAGGAGAAAAAUCACUUAUUCACAAAAUUUUUUAAACAAAAACUAAGAAAAACUGUUUUUUUUUUUCAAAA